AUUGAAACUAUAAAUAAAGUUAUAAUUGAAGUAUAAUGUGACAUAAAAACAGGCUCUGUGAAUUUGAGCUACAACGAUGUAUAUCAGGUUUUCGUCGGUCGUGGUACUUAUGGUAAUGAUGAUGCGUGAGUCGUCUGGACAAAAGCAACCCAGACACAUUGUGUUUAUUGUAGCGGACGAUCUCGGCUGGAAUGACGUUGGUUUCCACAAUCCAGACAUGAAAACUCCAAAUAUUGACAAGCUUGCCAGACAAGGGGUUAUACUGAAUAUUUCAUAUGUACAGUCAGUAUGUACGCCCUCUCGCCACUCUUUUAUGACUGGCGUUUAUCCAUUUAAAGCCGGAUUACAGCAUGUAAUAACGGCAGAGCAACCAGUAUGCUCCCCUCUCUCAAUGCAAUUCUUUCCUGAGAAGUUACAGAAACUUGGAUACUCCACACACAUGAUUGGCAAGUGGCAUCUGGGAUUCUGCAAUUUGGAAUGCACGCCUACAAGACGUGGGUUUGACUCGUUUUUAGGAUACUACAAUGGAAAGGAGGAUUAUUACAACAAAACAACACUAAAUGGUAUUGACUUCAAUGACGGUAUAAAGGCUAUACCAGCAGACAAUCGAUAUUCAGCUUAUGUUUAUGCAGAGCGAGCAAAGCAUAUUAUAAGUAACCACAAUGAGACCAAACCAUUGUUCCUAUACCUUCCAUUCCAGUCAGUACAUGAACCAAUAGAAGUACCUAAACGGUUUGAGGACAUGUACAAACAUAUUGUCAAUGAUGAUAGAAGAAAGUUCUCAGGUAUGGUGUCGGCUAUGGAUGAAGCUAUUGGUAAUGUGACUCAAGCUUUAACUGACAAUGGACUAAUAGAGGACACGUUAUUCAUAUUUACAUCUGACAACGGUGGCUGGACUGACCAUGGUGGUAACAAUUAUCCUUUGAGAGGUGGUAAAAUAACUAUAUUUGAAGGGGGGACGAGAGCUGCAGCAUUUGUCUCAGGGUCUGGAAUCAAGAAGAAAGGGUCUACAUACGAAGGAAUAAUACACGCCGUUGACUGGCAUCCGACCAUUCUUUCAGCCGCUGGUAGCUCUGAUGAUAACAUAGAUGAAAGUAUUGAUGGACUAGAUCAAUGGCAAGCAAUUAGCCAUGGCACUGAAUCGGCUAGGAAUGAGUUUGUAUAUAACUUAGAUGAGUCAUUGCUUUCAAUAAAUGGCCAUGCGGCCAUAAGAGUGGGCGAUUUUAAGCUGAUAUCCGGAUAUCCUGGUCCUUAUCAGGGCUGGUACAAACCGGCACAAGAAAGUAAAGGCAAAGGCAGCAGAGACGUAUCAGUACAACAAAAUGAUUAUGUCACUAUAGGUUACAAAGAUCUAGAUCGGUUGAAUAGUACAUGGUCUGGAGAUGGUCUGUAUAAUUUGAAAGACGACCCAACAGAACACAAUGACCUCUCUAAAGAACUCCCAGAUGUUGUCAUAAAACUCAAGGCUAAACUAGAUGAGUACAGAAAAGCAUAUGUAAAACCAAACUCUCCAAAGAACGACGACAAAUCUAACCCCAAAUACCAUGGUGGUCAUUGGAUGCCCGGAUGGUGUUAGAUUUUUUCAUAACUUUUUGUGUUAAUAAAUCAAUAUUUCUUCGAGCAACACAAGUCAUGACAACUCAACUUUCAGCCUAUAUAAUUAUGUGUAUAUUCGGUACAGACAAUAAGUUUUCGGGAAUGAUAAUAAAUGGAGUAAAAUGUACUUUUACAUGACGCUAUACAAUGUUUUUUCCUCUUAUACACCGUAUACAUAUUUAUUAAUGAGACUAUGUUCUUUUUAAACCGUAUUUCGUGUUUAAUUUUUUCAUAAAAACAGAUUUUUUUUCAAUGUAUGCAGACACAAAUACUCAUAAGUUAAGAAGAACUCACUAGAUGUAUUUUAGAAAGCUUUUUAUCCUUAUAAAAAUGUUUCAGUCAUAGAUACGUUUUGCAUCAAAAACUAAACCGCAUUUUUUUACAACAUAUAUGUUAAAACAAUUUUAUUGUGAAGUAUGAAAAAAUGUAUGGUACAUGUUAAGUAAACUUUUAUAUGUUUGGUUUUGUGUUUAGAAAGGUAAAUAAUGAUUACCGUUGUUUCAUCAGGCGAUAUCUUUGGCUAUGACGCUUUAAAAGUCUUUAUGGAAAGUAUGCACAAUUAGAAUGAACUGAGAAAUAAUGUUGGAUUUUUAUUCUUUUGGUCGUACUUAGAGAAAAAUUUA